AUGAAUUAUAGAACAAUCCAGCAUCGGGAAGACGAGUUAUUGUUGUCGAGUAUUAGGAAAACAGCCGAGGAGACCGAAACUUCGAGCCGAACUGAAACGCCAAAGAGACAAUCGGAGAAAGAGAAGCUUAUAAACAAUAGCGAACCAGAGAAUACAGCAUUAGCCGAGAACCAAAGACACAUUGAAGGGAAAUCAGAAUCUACUGUAUCGAGCGAUGCUAACCAGAAUACAAGUUACGGCAGUUACCUAAGCCGUGAUAUCAGUGAAAUACAAGACCUAUAUACAAGUACGACAUCAAAUAAAUGGAUUUCGUUCGACGAGUCUAACACAAGUCAUUAUAAUGAUGUCGUAGCACCCAAACAAACCUCCCCUGCGACACGAACAGGGAAUAGCGAUCCUGGGACUCUGCUGAACGAAAGCGAUUGGGAACAAUUCAAAAUGACCAGAGAGAGUGAUGUCUGUAAUGAGAUCAACUCGAGUUUGCCGAAAGGGGAUAUCGUCACGUAUGCGCCGAAGGAAAGCGGCAACGAAUCGCAACAAUCGAAAGGUAAUUUGCAACAUAGAGAUACCUCAACCAACCCUUUUAAUAACUCUGAACUUGAGCGUAUCAGUUCCUUUUCAAAAUCGGCGAAUGGUAUUUCAUCAAAGUCUAUUAAAUCGCCAUCUUUAAAGGAAACAGCAGGUACAGUUUUAUAUAGCAACGUUGACAGUGCACCUGUAACUGAGCCGGAUGAAAACGAUCUAAACAGCCCUCUACCUGCAUACCCUGUGAAACCCACAAAUACAACAUGGUCAAUGUUACUUCGGUACCCCGAUACCAAGCGACGGAUCCAAGGUAGGGAAUGGCGGCCGGUUACCAUCAAACUGAAUGGAUCGAUCCUACAGCUAUAUGAUGAACAUGAUCCUUCAGCACCAUUCCGAGAAGUUUCCCUUCAAUGUUUCUAUGACUUGACCAGACCCCAGCUUCAACAUUACCAUGGCAGCAAGGUGCAUACAGUUAAGAUUCUUUACGUCAAGUACAAGGAAACAAAUAAGUUGAUAUCGAAGAAGAACGUUCAAUAUAUAUCUAAGUCCAUGCCAAUCCUAAAGUUGGCAUCGUCAUCGCAUCUGGUUAUCCAAGAGUUUAUCGAAGUUGUUCGUCAUGCUAUAAGAUCCCUGCCCAUAUUUCGAGAUCGUGGUAUCAGUCAUAAUACAGAGGCUGUGUAUAUUAAUGUCCAUGAUACAUGUUCGGCUCUAAUAGAUGCAACCGGUUCGGUUCUGAUGUUGGGCAUACUCGUGAGGAUAUACAUGCGUGCCUUCAUCAGUGGCGACGCGGAAUGUGAAUUGGUUCUUAACGAUAUCCAUAUGAAGACCCAAGAAGAAGCCCGGCUCCGGGGAGAGAUGAUGCCGCAACGAGUCCACAAGUGGAUUAAGUUGGAAGAAUGUGAUCUCCACAGCACCGUCAACUCAAAUACAUACAACCAGGACCGCUGCAUCAUGCUACAUCCACUAGAUUCCUGCACCUUCGAAGUGAUGCAAUUCCGUGUCCGGCCAGCGAAACCCCUUCCUCUGCUUGCCAAAUGCGAACUGAUUGUGGACACUCACAGCCGAGUCGAGCUACGAGCUGAAGUGAAGCUUUCCAGCGAUCCAAAACUUGCAAAAUAUGAAAGAAGAAAUAUAUGUUUGUAUUUCCCAAUUCCAGAUGCAUGGGUGCAGUUAUUCAUGAAGGAAAAGCGAUUCCGUGGUGAAAAGAGUAUUACCUCCACUAACUCCCAGAAAGCCAUCAAGAUGAGAAACAGGAAGAAUCGACCAUUAACGACCAUCGAAGUAUCCACUGGAAUUGCAAAGUACGAGCCUGAGUAUAAGAGUAUUGUAUGGAGAAUUAACAGUCUGCCUCUUCUAAAUACCACGGCACCUGCAGAUUCAACACAUGAUUUUCUAUGUCAUAUACAAACUAUGGACUCUUCCAGUUUGCCCGACGACUAUAAGCCGGCAUGUGUGAUGGAAUACGAGAUCCCAUAUACCGUCGCAUCGGAUACGAAUGUUGUGAAUUUCAAAGUGCUGGAUAAGAAAAUUGCCAUAAAAGAAGUGUCCUACCAUACAUACUAUACCUAUGAAAUACAGAUGAACAUGACCAAUCUUAAUGGUGGCCUAUAUUGUGACAGUUGA